UUGAAACUAUCAAGUCUGAAAAGAAAUUACCAACCAGCAGCAGCAGCAGCAGUAACAGCGUGGGACAACAACAACGACAACAACACCAGCGAGCACCGACAGACAAUAGCAAACGCAUUAUUAUCAAUCCUUUAGCUGCUGAUGUAACGCAAGCAUACGAAAAAUUAAUCCAACAAAACGAGCAUCUGCAGUCUUCCUCGUCAUCGUCGUUAGCCCAUAACAGUCAUAAUAAUAACAAUCAUUGCUGCUGCUCAUGUAGCCCAACACCACCGGAGUCGUUAAACGAAGAAACGAUUACCGUUGAGGCAGCACCUGGAAUACCUUGGUUUUCCCCGUACACCGUUACAUCUACUACGAGCAACGGCAUACUGUCAAAUCGUAGCAACACUAGCAACUUUAUAAAUUACGCUAACGAAGAUCCAUUGCAAGCUGCAUAUACCCACUGGUGCACGCUUAUGCGGUGCCUGCCUGCCAUGGAUCCCGAUGCACAAUCCUACGUUCGAACAAUUGGACACUAUGCCAUGCGUCAGCUUUUGCAUUCAAUGCGCAAUAACUCUAAUAACAACAACAGUUAUAAUUCUUCGGCUUCCGCUACUGCUACUCGUCGAUAUAGCAGCUUGAUGUCAUCUUCACCCAUUCAACGCCAUAGUCAUUAUCAUGGAUCGUCAGCUACGUUACUGAGCAACAAAACUGCCGGGAUAGCAUCAAGUCAUGCAGGUUCAAGCAAUGCAGGAUCUACGACAUUGGCUCAACAUCCAUUGUUAAAGACCUCUUCGACUUGUUUAAACGACGUGCAUCCGACCACGCAUUAUUCUCUACCACAAGAGAGUGCAACACUAUGUAAAGCUGACGCAUGGGUUCCACCACGCAUGAUAGACGACACUAGUGCACCGCUUCGUCCUCACCAGCACCAUAACCGUUAUCAUAAUCACCAUUGUCAAAGUAACAACACCUGCCAACAACAGCACAACAAUAAUCACCAUUCUCAACCGCAACCGCUGCCACAACAGCAACAUCAGCAACAAGGACACCCUUAUCCAAGGAUGAUACAACAACAGCAGCGACAAGAAGAUCAGGAUGGACGAACACCGCCCGUGGCGAAUUCAGGGUCAUCUCCUUUACCAACAUCCAGCAGUCUAUUCUCGUCACCCCUGAUGCAACAUAUCAGUCGACCCUAUCAUGCAGCCAAACUUCGACGAUGGUUUAAAAAACAUAACAAGGUGGCACCUGUGGAUGGACAGCACUAAAUAAUAAUUCGGUAUAUAUAUUUAUGAG